ACAUGACAUUCAACAGCACAGUGUAAUUGGUGGAAAAUGAGCUUUGUAUAAUAAGGAAUGUAACAUUUGCUCAAUAAUGUUGAAAAGGAUAAAACAAAUGUUAGAUUAGUUUCCAGAAAGUAUGAGUUCAGUGAGAAUGAAAUAUACUUGAAUGGCUUUGUUGGUGUGUAUUUUAUUUUUAAAAAAGCCCUGGUUGACCCUUGCAUCCAUUAAGCUCUUCUAUAUUUUAAUGCAGACUCUGCAUUUGACAGACUUAUCAGAAUGGGCUUCAAAUGGAAGGAAGCACAACUCUUUCCUGCUUGAUAUUUGAUUACAGCUAAUAAUAGAAAAGGACAGCUGCCUUUUCAUUGAUCUGUCUUCACUGCCCUAUUUCUGAGCCCUUUUUUUCCCUCUGUCUCUCUCUGUCGCAUGUAACUAACAGAAAAAACACAGACAGUGUUCUGUGCUGAGGGAGAGUAUUUCAAACACAGUCUUAACCCAUCACUGUUUUCAUUUUCUGCUAUUAGCCAUUGUUUCAGAUUAUUCCCCUAUUAUAUUUGAAUAUGAAGCUGCUUUGGGCCGCAGAAUCCUAAAUCUGGUUGUGUGUGAGUGAGCCAAGCUGUUUGGGGUCAAACAGGACAGGGAUAAUAAGAGGGGAGGGGAUACCAUGCGGGAAGGAAGUAGCUCGGCUUGUUUGGCUGCCAGGCUUUUGUUUGUUUUCCUGUCGGACAAAUCUAUUUAGGAGGUAGGCUAUCUGAGGUCUGCCAGUGGAAAUUAGCAGUGAGCAUGGCUUGUUAUGCAGUUAUUGACAGUUAUUCAGUGAGGGUUAUUGAGAAGUUGGCUGCAGGCAAAUUAGAGAUUGAUAAGCUUCAUUCAUCCGUGGAAGUUGCUUUUUGCUUUUUACAUUCAAUAUUCAGGUCAUAACUAAUGUUCACCGUCUAGGAUCAUUAAAAUGAUCGCUUGGUAUUGUGUACACGGUAGUAGUGAAACUACUUUCACUGAUGGUGUAAGGUGGCACUUUUUCUUUCAACAAAGGAUGACAUAGCCCCGCCUCCCAGCCCGUGCCUCAUGCAGCGGCAGAGCACUUGUCUGUGUCAUUUACCUACAGGUGCCCUGAUCCCUAAGAUGACGUCAGUGUUCGGCAUCAUUUGCUGAAGUAGACACUUUUUCAUGCCGAAUGGGAUUAAUCACCCCGAGCCUCUAUCUUCUCACAACAUUUUGACAAAUGUUUCGCUUGUGGAGCAUCAACUGUCAAAGCCUAAUCACACAGCUGAUAGGUUUGUUUCUUGUGGAACUGUAAAGCAUUUUUAUCCUCAUUGAUGUCAACGAAACACCCAGGCUGCCGCGUCAUCCACAACCUUUGUAUGUGAGGGAGAGAGAGAGGGAGAGAGAGAGGGAGAGAGAGAGGGAGAGAUGGAUGGACAGCAAGCGAAAGAGAGAGAGAGACAGACAGUACAGCUGUUCUAUUGAAUCUGGAUCGAAAAGUCAUGAAGCUGGAUCUCUGACUCAUCAGUUCUGUGACGCUCCAGUUUCACGGCUCAUAUGAUGCCAGCCAGCAUGUCAUCAGCUGGGUGGAAGGGACCUUCCAAUACCAGCCGCCGUCAUGUUAUUUUUCCCCUUUCCCUUUUCUCGAAGCUAAUUCUGAUGCAAUAACAAUAACAGAAAUGUUCAUUACUGUGUAAUUUUCCAGUCCAGCGAACUCAGGAAUUGGAUUGAAAUAGAGCUUGAAAGAUAGCUUAUAGAAAUGUAGAAAAACAUGCAGGUAGGGAUAAAGAGACAAGGUGGGGCGGGGGAUAGAAUUAGGUGAUUAAGAGCAGAGGAGAGAGUUGUCUGACUGUCUGGUUGAUGUCGCAAAUGAGUUCAGAGGACAGAUGCUGAUGGGAGGUAGAGGAGAGAGGGGGCGAGGGAAGAAAUGUAGUGAUCCUGUUACCUGGGGUGAUGAUGGCGAUGGACGUGAUAUUCAGCAUGGAUCUGCAGCUACACUUUAAUUGCAUCAAACAUGUAUAUUUAUCUAUAUUCUAUUAAAUGCAGUUCAGUUAAUGAUGAUUUCAUUUUGAAUAUUAUCAUCAGAAUAGACAAGAAAUAAAUAUUGUGAUAGUUGGUUAAGCAGGGUGUGAAAUUGGGGAAAUACCUUUUCAGAUCAGCAUUCAGGGGUUGUUAUACUGUAAAGCAGUUUUCACCCCAUCACUUAGUCUGUGCUCUUCCAAUGGAGAGACACAGAUUUGCAGUAGCUGCUGUUUCAUUGGCUGAACAUGGUAAGGGGCAGGUCUUUGCCACAGGCUGGUGGGCAGGAAGGGGCUGGCUUUAGGGGUGUUGGAGGGGUUGGCUGGAAGUGUUUCAGCCAGAUAGUUGGAGUAGACACUCUUUGCUUCCUGCCUGCCUGCUUGCCCGCCUGCCUGCCUGCCUGCCUCGCUCGCUUGCUCGGCAGCUUGGGAAAGAGAGAGAGAGAGAGAGAUACUGAUAGAAAAAUCCCUGUCUAGGCAUGGACCUCCGGCAGAAGCAGUCAAGAGCUCGCGAGGAAUGACAGCAGAACACAUGGUCAUUAACUCCUGUCGCUGAGGCUGAGGGGAGAGCUGCGCUGUAGCUCCGCGUCACAGAAGCACCGGGAGCGUCCUGCGUUUGGGACAGCAGACAGACAGACAGACACAGAGCUACGGGACCCCCGGUGAAAGGAGUGAUUGGCUCUUUCCCUGGGGUGAUGAUGUGAAAUUAAAUCCAACCUUGGAGAGUGAAGCCUGGGCGUCAGUACGAUCAGGCGAGGAAGCUUCUGAUCUCAUUUCACAUGAUCAGCUCUGAAGUGGGACAAUUAGAUUAGCUAGACAAAGAUCACUGACAGAAAGUGCCUUGUGAGACAGCAUCCCUACUUGAAGAUCGCUGAGUGUUUCUGAAGAACUCCAGAUUUUUUUUUUUUGCCCUCUGCGAUCGUGACGCCACACGGCUCGGCUGUGAGGAUCGCUGACCCUUGAUUUGUCCUCACCUGUGAUCUGUGUGAAGGAAAAGUAAAGAGCUGCUGGAGCUGCUGCAUAGCUGGCCAACGUGCCAAAGCUCAGAGAGAGGGUAACAAUAAAAAGCCACAAACUUUGUAUUAUCCUGAACUGUGCCAUUGUACCUCAAAAUAACUCUGAUAUCCACCCCUUGCAAAGAUAUCAUCACUCACGCAGAGGACAUUUUGGGGACACGGGUACAUCGACUAAAGCUUUUCUCUGAGCAUGCCCCCUCUGCCUUUCCAGACGUUCGCACCUGAGACUUACUGAUUGAUAAACAACUAGCUGUUUGACUGAGAAACUCCACAAUAGCGCAAUAGUGUAGUCCCAUGUUCAGGUCACAGAGACUUUGCCAGUCCAUUACCUCCACGUUCCUGUCUGCAAGGACAAGCCUGAUCCACUGACCUGAAGCAGAUCAUUUAUAGCUACACGUUCUGCUGCUUCUUAGUUCUUUUGUUUUUUGGGGAUAUUUUUGUUUUUGUUUCUUUUUUUUUAACUGGAGUGCUCCUCUUCAGAGGAUAACCUCCACAUUAAACCUAGUGGCUCUGCUGCAACCCGGCUCUACAGCCAGCGCUGUUGACAUGGCUCUAAACAUUGCCUCCAUACGGGACACAAAAUGGCUGACCCUGGAAGUGUGCCGGCAGUUUCAACGUGGGACUUGUUCACGCAGCGAUGAAGAAUGCAAAUUUGCCCACCCACCCAAAAGCUGCCAGGUGGAGAAUGGGAGAGUGAUCGCCUGCUUUGACUCGUUAAAGGGUCGCUGCACACGAGAGAACUGCAAAUACCUCCACCCACCUGCUCACCUGAAGACCCAGCUGGAGAUCAACGGGCGAAAUAACCUGAUCCAGCAGAAGACAGCUGCCGCCAUGUUGGCUCAACAAAUGCAGUUUAUGAUCCCCGGCACCACCAUGCAACCUGUGCAGACGUUUCCAGUCAGCCAGGGGCUGGGGUCCAGCGCAGGUUUAAGCUACACACCCUACCUGACUCCCAUGUCCCACAGCAUGGGUCUGGUGCCAACAGACAUCCUGCCCAGCACUCCGGUUAUCGUCCCCGGCAGCCCGCCCAUCUCCGUGACCGCUGGCUCUUCCUCCAACCAGAAACUUCUGCGUACUGACAAGCUGGAGGUUUGCCGCGAGUUCCAGCGGGGCAACUGCGCUCGCGGCGAGACAGACUGCCGUUUCGCCCACCCGAGCGACAGCCCCAUGAUCGACACCAGCGACAACACGGUCACCGUGUGCAUGGACUACAUCAAGAGUCGCUGCUCUCGCGAGAAGUGCAAGUACUUCCACCCCCCCGCCCACCUGCAGGCCAAGAUUAAGGCCGCCCAACACCAGGCCAACCAGACAGCUGUGGCUGCGCAAGCUGCUGCCACAGCUGCAGCCAUGACUCAGUCGACUGCCAAAGCAAUGAAGCGACCCCUCGAGGCAACUGUAGACCUGGCGUUCCCCCACGGCGUCCUCCAGCCCCUACCAAAGAGACCAGCACUUGAGAAGAGCAACGGAGCGAGCUCCCUGUUCAACCCCAGUGUUUUGCACUACCAGCAGGCGCUGGCCAACGCACAGCUCCAGCAGCCCGCUUUCUUUCCCACAGGGUCAGUCUUGUGCAUGACUCCCGCUAGCAGUCUUGAUUAUCCUGAAGUAAGCGUCAGGAAGGGAACGGAGUGUCAAGAAGCUGCACUAGGAAACCCAAAACAUCCCCUCUGUAAAUACUACCUAACCUCUCCCAUAGAGGUCCAGCAACCUGCAUGCUAAGAGUGUAACACUUCAAUUUAACCAUAAGAACUGCAGUACCGGUGUAACACACACACACACACACACACACAGGAAAAAAUAAAAAGAUAUAUACUGUAUGUAUUGCUAGAAAAAAAAACUAUUAACAAUAAAACAUCAAAAAAUAUUCUUAUGUAUAGUACAUACAUAGCAGACACACUAUAGAGGUCAUUUUAACAACUGUUCUCUCAGAAUACCGUGGAUCUCCUCUUCUUGCAUAUUUAUUCUAAAAACCAACCUGCACAAUAUUCAUCCCUUUGGUUAGUCAAGAAAAACACAGAUGUUUGAUUUGCACUAUAUGAAAGUAUAGUGUUUAAUGUUGAAGACAAGGAAGAGUCACAGAGACCCCAUGCACAACACACCUACGCACGCGAUGCUUUCACGAGGGUUUUUCGUCUUGCGGUCGUUGCUUUUCUCUCUGCAAAAGUUGAAUGUCCUCGGGGCAGCCAGGCUCAUGAGCUCUUCGUGUGAUUGUCCCUGCGAGGGCUCCUCCGCGACCCUCAUCUGCCACCCGAUGCUGUUAAGAUGCCAUGAUGAAGCUCCUCCCUCCCUUCCCUCUGCCAACUUUUUAUCUCUGGAAACAUCUUGCCAAAGUUGAGGCUUGGAAGAGGUCACUUUUUUUUUUUUCUUUUGCCAUUGCCCACACUGCAAAUAGGACCCACUCGCCAUCUUUUUUAGUUGCGUUGCUGGGUUCAGAUCUUUGAUAGAUUGUGCAUGCAGUCGUGACAGGAGAAGUCGGAAGAUAGUCGUGGCCAUUACCGAAAAAGCCUGAAGGCUGGGGUGUGUGCCAAGGGCUCAGCAAAGCGCGAAGGUUUGUUCCAGACAUGCCAAGCCUUGUGCGUGUGUGUGCGUGCGUGUGCGUGCGUGCGUGUGCAUGUGUGCGUGUGUGUUAGAGACUGAUGGUCUGCCGGCAGACUGGGACUUAAAGUGGGAUCUGGCACAUGAUGGUGACACCAAGCCUGGUAGGAGAGCUUUUUACCUGGAGGAGGGUGAAGGAUUUAAGUGCUAAGACUAAACAAUAAAAAAAAAAAAAAACACACAAAAAAAACCGGUGCAUUCGACGACACUCGUCAAGCAAACAGAUGACUUGAACUUCAACUGGAGGGCUAUCUGUGACCGUCGGUUGUUCUGUCCAACCCUACUAUCACCGAUAAUCCUGUUCCAUUUUAGAAAACUGUAGAAGUGCCUAAAAAAAUUACUCAUCAACAACACUUGCAUCCAGAGUGUAUCACUAAAAAGUCACAGACACAACACACUGGGCUGUCGAGAGCUACAAGGACUCUUUGGGGAAAAGACAUCACACUUUUUGGCGUCCCUGGAAGGAGAUUUCCAGCUAAGCGCUCAUUAACAUCACAAGUGACUUUACUGAAAAAGAAACGUAAGAAACGACAAAUCAAAAAUAGCUUUGUAGAAUGUUUGGUGACUUUCACAGUGUACCAUUGUUUCUUACCAUGGUUCUGAAUAGUUUACAUGAGGAACGUGAGUGAGACAAACAUGUAUUGUAAACUGUGUAAUGUAUGUAAAGUGUCUCUUAUUUUGAGAGUUUAUAUUCAUGGUUCUAGAAAUGUAUUCAAAGUUAUUUAAGAGUUUGUGUUGUGUCUACUAUCAAAGUAUGUUUGAACCUCCCCCCCUCUCUAAAAAAAAUCCCUCCACCUCCUGGAACAAUCAUUUGUUUUUGUUUUUUUAGAGCAUAAAAUGUUCUUCGGUCAUUUUACACCAACAUUUUUUUCUUUUUCUUUUUUUGUAUUUUGACGACUAGCGGUGUGUUUUAACUCAUUAUACUAAAUUUUAUUUGACAUUCUUCAAAAUUCGGAUGUAAUUUCAUGGUGCUUGAUUAACAUCGACAAUCCACAAUCAUGCUUUUUUUUGAGUUUCAUUCACUUUGAAUGUCCUCACACACGUUCUGAUCUGUGUGUAAUAUUUGUGGAAGGUGGUUUAAAAAAAAAAAUUUCUAUUUUGUUGUAAUUUAUCUUAUGUUACUCUUGGUCAAAAUUUUAGUCAGAAAAAGAAAACACAAUGUUGUAAACUAUUCUAUUUUGAAAUGAAUGUAAUUUAUUGAGCUGUGCUACGUUCUGCACGGUUGGUCAUUUCAAGGUCUAACCCGUAGGGGGCCGGCGAAUGAGAAGUUGCGCACGUCUUGAGUGGGAGGGGUUUAAACGUCGACCCGCCCUCAGCCCUCCCCUCGAUGGAAAGCUACUGGACCUUUCUUGCCUUCUCAUCCAUAGAAACGAUCACGGUGUUGCAGUAAUGAGCAUAGUUAUAGAGUUGCUUGUGUUGUUGGGAAAAAAAAUGUUUAUUGUAUAGAUGACAUUUUACCAAAAAAAGCAAAGAAAAUUUCAAAAAAGAUGUACUUUUCACUCUAGUAUAAUAGUAUUUCAUAACAUAACUUGUUGCAGUGGCAACCAGAUGUUGCAAUUACUAAAGUUGGGUAUUUUUGUAAAUGACAUUGUUAAGUUGGUUUUUGUUUCUGUUUUUUUUUCUUUGCUAGAACACUGUACAAGGUAGAUUGUAAAGAAGAUAUGAACAUUUCUUAUUCUUCUCUGAGAUUAUGACAAUGACCUAAUAUUUUCAUUAGUAAGUAACAGCCUCUAUAGUGCUGUGACUGUAACACUUAGAGAUAUAAAAUUCAUCGAUGUUACAUAGAUUACAUAUAAAUAUAUAUAAAAUAUAUAUAUAUAUAAAUAUAAGAACUAAAUAAUCUAUAAAUUAAUAAGAUGUUCAACUUUCCCCCUGACAAAGGACCUCUAGGUUCCACACAGAUACAUUUUAUUCGAGGCUUAUGUAUCACUAGUCUUUAGGAUUGCACUUUCAUAUUGUUUAUUGAUCUGUUCUGUUUUUCACUUCCUUCGAGGGUAAAUCUGUUCAUCAGUAAAUGGCAGAUAUUACCAGUAAAUGACUUCAAUUCAACACGUUGCAUGAGAGAAAACAAUCUUUUCUUACUAAAUUAUAACGUACUGAAUGUUUCUAGUGAAUAAAAAAAAAUGUCUGUACACAAAAUGUCCUUAUUUGGUGCCCCCUGUGUAUGGACUUUCUCUUGAAAUUUUUUUUUUUUAUUGUGUUGGCAAUGAUUGACUGAUGGUAACAGCACUUUCUGAGCAGUUGGCCGACUGAGCAGACUCAACUUAUCCAAACACUUUGCCUUAUCUUGAGUCCAUCGUACUUAAGGUUUUAUGUUUUAAAGAGCUCUUAUGAAAUUUAUUAAACAGACCUAAGUGGGUCUCUCUCUUUCUCUUCUCAAAUCCCUUCAGAGUUUCAUUUGAACUAUGAAUCUUUAUAUCGGAAAUCAUUUUUUUAAGGUUCUAACGUAUGCGUCACAAGGCCAAAAGUGAGAGGAGAUUGCAGCAGAGCAAACAGUCACCGAUCUUUACUUCCUGUCUCCCAAAUCAGUGAGUGAAAUCGUUUGGGUCCCAUUGCCUUACAAUGGAACAUGCAAUUCACAGCUUUAGCCAGCAGAGGACACUAUACCAGAGACUGAAGGUUAAGAAGUGUGGCUGCCUGUGUCAUCAUUGUUGCAGUGUACCUCACCAACAAAGUCAAGACAUGAAAACCAAUUGACAAGAAGACCCACGUCAGAUUUCUAGUUUCAGUGUAAACAUUUUUAAAUGUUUUUUUUUUUUUGCAUAUAUUUUGUGCUACUUUAUGUUUCUAUAGUCAAAUGUUUCUUUGGUUCCAGCAAGAUAGUGUAAAAUCUAUUGAAAGAAAGAAAUAAAGAAAAUUAAAGUAAUGGUUUUUGCUUUGGA